AUGGCUCCCAAGGCAAAGGCGGCUGCCGCCCCUCAUGCGCACGGCUAUGAAUUCGGUGGUCCUCUUGGUGCCGCGGGCAUCUCUUUUGGCCUUCCAAUCCUCUGCUACAUCUUCGCCUUUGCGUGCAACGACAUCUCGGGCUGUCCUGCGCCCUCGCUCCUGCACCCCAAGACGCUCUCGAUCGAGCAACUCAAGCGCGAGGUUGGCUGGCCGCACGAUGGCAUCUGGGGCCUCGCCAGCUGGCAGGCCAGCGCGGCGGUCGCCGCGUACUACCUCCUCAACCUUGUUCUGUACCGCGUCCUGCCCGCCACCGAGACCAAAGGCACCGUUCUGGCGACCGGCGGCCGCCUCGACUAUCGCCUAAACACGCUCUACUCCAAUAUGCUUACGCUGUCGCUACUGGCCGCCGGGACUUUAGCGCAGGGCGCCGACUUUCCCGUAUGGGUCUUUAUCAGCGAACACUACCUGCAGCUACUCACGGCUAGCAUCACAAUCUCGUAUGCCAUCGCGACGUUUGUCUACGUCCGCAGCUUUGGCGUCAAGGUUGACAUCAAGGACACUCGUGAGCUGGCCGCCGGUGGCCACACUGGCAAUCUUCUGUACGACUGGUUUAUCGGCCGCGAGCUCAAUCCGCGUGUCACCAUUCCUGUUAUUGGCGAGGUUGAUAUCAAGGAAUGGUGCGAACUUCGCCCCGGAAUGAUGGGAUGGAUCAUUCUUAACUGCGCCUGGUGUGCGCAGCAGUAUCGCAACUACGGCUUCGUCACUGACAGCAUCGUCUGCAUCACCGUUGUCCAGGCUCUGUACGUUGUUGACUCUUGGUGGUUUGAACCCGCCAUUCUCACCACAAUGGACAUCACCACCGAUGGCUUCGGAUUGAUGCUUGCCUUUGGCGACUUGGUAUGGGUUCCCUUUGUGUACUCUCAGCAGACCCGUUACCUGUCUCUCCACCCACUGUCCCUCGGCCCUGUCGGACUGGCCGCCAUGGUUUCCUUGAUCGGACUGGGCUUCUUCAUCUUCCGCUCCGCCAACAGUCAGAAGAACGCUUUCCGCACCAACCCCAACGACCCCAGCGUUGCCCAUCUCAAGUAUAUCCAGACGAAGACUGGCAGCAAGCUUCUCACCAGUGGUUGGUGGGGUGUCGCGCGACACAUCAACUACCUUGGAGACUGGAUCCAGUCUUGGCCGUACUGCCUGCCGACUGGGCUCGCUGGCUACCAAAUCAUGGCUGCUGGUAGCCUGGUUGAAGACUCUGUCGGCGCUUUCAUCAUGUCCGAUGGUCGCCAAGUCAUCCAGGGUAGUGCCAAAGGUUGGGCCAUUCCUAUCACCUACUUUUAUGUGAUAUACUUUGCCGUUCUGCUGAUCCAUCGUGACCGCCGAGACGACGAAAAGUGUCAUCGCAAGUAUGGUGAUGACUGGGAAGCGUACAAAAAGAUCGUUCACUGGAGAAUCAUCCCCGGCGUUUACUAA